AUGAAUCCGAACCUUAAUAGGGUUGGUUUUCAGGGUUUUAUCAACUUACUCCGAUCAUCGCCGGACAACCUCAAUUCUCAGAGUACAUCGACUAUAUCUACAAUUCUAAACAUCAGUAUGGGGAUAUGCUUCUCUUCGACACAUAAUGAUGGAGAUGAGUCCGAUCAUAAUGCCGAAUUUGCUGGAGGUAACGUGACCCUUGUCUCUUCCAAGGAUGCUUGGGAUCAAAAGCUCUCAGAAGCAAAGAAGGAUCACAAAAUAGUGAUUGCCAACUUUAGUGCAUCUUGGUGUGGGCCAUGUAGAAUGAUUGCACCAUACUACAUUGAGUUAUCUGAGAAACACCCGUCUCUUAUGUUUUUAUCCGUAGAUGUUGAUGAAUUAACCGAUUUUAGCACACAAUGGGACAUAAAAGCUACUCCAACAUUUUUCUUCCUUAGAAAUGGAGAGCAAUUCGAUAAGCUUGUGGGAGCCAACAAACCCGAACUCUUGAAGAAGAUAAACGCCAUUGUGGAUUCAGAGCCUCCUAGUCGUCCUGUGUAACUACUUGAUGGUUUUAUGUUGUCAAUUCUUUUAAAAGUCAGUGACUUCGUACAUAAUUUCCCCAAACUUUUUUUUUUCCUUUUUUCGUGCAAGCGUUUUAUCUUUUUUUUUUCUGUGAAAUCCAACAUUUUUAGUUUUGUAAUAUUGUGGAUGGUUUAUGUUUUUGCAAUUUAUGAUUUCUUUCUAUGGUUUAGGGGUGUUUAGAUGCCGGAUAGGUGGGUAGUUAUAAUCAAAUAAUUAGUUGUAAUAAAAUGUUUUGUAGUAAAAGAUAAGAGUUUGGAUGUUUUUUUUUGGUGUUGUUUGAAGAUGU